AUGAGCCUGUCAAGGGUAUUAGUGCCCGCCGCUCUAAGGUUGGGCCCCAAAAUGAUGCCCAGGGCAAUAGCCCUUGGAUCCAGAUUGCCAAGAAGUACGUUAUUAUAUUCUUUAAGAGGGCCUCUGUCUCAUGGCCGUUUCUAUGGUACUGAUAAUAAAGAUAGAAAGGACCAAACGGAAAAGAAGACUGAAAAUGAAUCAGAACAGCAAAAACAGAAUCAGCUGAAUAAACAGCAGCAGCAGCAGCAGCAGCAAAAAGAGUUUAAAGGCCCAGUUUCGCAUGCUGUGCUAGCUGCAAAGGAACAAGAAGCCAACAAGGAUUUGAUGAACCCAGAUGCUCAAGCUGCAUUUUACAAACUUCUGUUACAGUCGAAUUAUCCACAAUAUGUUGUUUCCAGAUUUGAAACUCCAGGGAUAGUAUCUUCACCAAAUUGUUUAGAACUUUACAUGGAAGCCCUACAAAGGAUAGGAAGACACGCCGAAGCUGAUACCGUUAGACAAACUCUUUUAACGGCAAGCUCUGCGGGUGCAGUUAACCCAUCAUUGGCAUCUUCGUCUACUUCGUCUCCUGCGUAUCAUGGUACUUUCCCCUCCUUGUAUUCACCUUUUCAUGGUACUCGUAAGGAGCCUCUACAUGUGGUGGUUACAGAAUCUACUUUCACCGUUGUUUCUAGAUGGGUUAAAUGGUUAGUGGUACUGGGUCUUCUAACAUAUGGUGUGUCCGAAGCUUUCAAAUACAUUUCUGAAAAUACCUCUUUAUUGAAAUCAUCUGAAGUGGCCGAUAAGUCCGUAGAUGUUGCCAAAACUAACGUUAAAUUCGAUGAUGUUCACGGUUGUGAUGAAGCUCGUGCUGAAUUGGAAGAGAUUGUUGAUUUUUUGAAGGAUCCUGCCAAGUACGAAUCUUUAGGUGGUACUUUACCUAAGGGUGUUCUUUUAACAGGACCUCCAGGUACUGGUAAAACGCUUUUGGCAAGGGCUACCGCCGGUGAAGCUGGCGUAGAUUUCUUCUUUAUGAGCGGAUCAGAAUUUGAUGAGGUAUACGUCGGUGUUGGUGCUAAGCGUGUUCGUGAGCUUUUCUCACAGGCACGUUCUAGAGCACCCGCCAUUGUCUUCAUCGAUGAAUUGGAUGCUAUUGGUGGUAAGCGUAACCCUAAGGAUCAAGCAUAUGCUAAACAAACUUUGAAUCAAUUGUUAGUGGAAUUAGAUGGGUUCUCACAAAGCAGUGGUAUCAUUAUCAUUGGUGCUACCAACUUUCCUGAAUCCUUGGAUAAGGCAUUGACUAGACCUGGUAGAUUUGACAAAUUGGUUAAUGUAGAUCUACCCGAUGUUCGUGGUCGUGCUGACAUCUUGAAACAUCACAUGAAGAAAAUCACCUUGGCUAAUGAUGUUGAUCCUACCCUUAUCGCUCGUGGUACUCCCGGAUUGUCAGGUGCCGAAUUGGCCAAUUUGGUCAAUCAGGCUGCUGUUUAUGCUUGUCAAAAGAAUGCAAUCUCUGUAGAUAUGUCGCAUUUCGAAUGGGCAAAGGACAAGAUUCUGUUAGGUGCUGAAAGGAAGACUAUGGUUUUAACCGAGGCUUCGAGAAGAGCUACGGCUUUUCAUGAAGCUGGUCAUGCUAUCAUGGCUAUGUAUACCCCAGGAGCUACACCAUUGUACAAGGCUACCAUCCUUCCUCGUGGUGGUGCGUUAGGUAUAACGUUCCAACUGCCAGAGAUGGACAAAGUGGACAUCACUAGAAGAGAAUGUUUGGCACGUUUGGAUGUUUGCAUGGGUGGUAAAAUUGCUGAAGAAGUUAUUUAUGGUAAGGAAAAUACGACGAGUGGUUGUGGUUCCGAUUUGCAAAGUGCCACAGGUACCGCUAGAGCUAUGGUGACGCAAUACGGUAUGGGUGAGAAUCUCGGUCCUGUAAACUUAGCAGACAAAUGGGAUACGUGGUCUGACAAGAUACGUGACACUGCUGAUAAUGAAGUUUUAAAACUGUUGAGAGAAUCAGAAGAGAGAACAAAGAAAAUUUUGAAAGAAAGGAGUGUUGAAUUACACAGAUUAGCAGAAGGGUUGAUAACGUAUGAGACAUUAGAUGCAAAGGAAAUGGACAGAGUUUGCAAUGGAGAAGAACUAAAUAAGCUGAAGUCAUCUUCCAAUACAGUGGUUGAGGGGCCUGAUAGUGACGAACGUAAGGAUGUUGGUGAUGAUAAACCCAAGAGACCAGCUCUAAUCAAUGCAUGA